UGUAUAUAAUCUGCUGCUCUUCACCUUGGUCCUUAUUAUAUACAUUGUGACAAUAUGUGGAAACCUUUUGAUCAUCAUGUUGGUAUAUUACAGCAAGACCCUUCAUUCUCCCAUGUACUUCUUCCUCUCACAGCUCUCUAUAUCUGACAUCAUGAUGAUCACAGAUAUUGCUCCUAACAUAUUAAAUAUUGUUUUACAUGAGAGGACCUCCAUAUCUUAUUUUGGUUGUAUCACUCAAUAUUAUGUCUUUGGUUCAACAGAAGCAUUUGAAUGUUUCCUUCUGACAGUGAUGUCCUAUGACCGCUAUCUAGCCAUCUGCUCUCCUCUGCAUUAUAUCUCCAUUAUGAAACAAACACUUUGCAUUCAACUAGUUCUUGCAUCCUGGAUUGUCAGCUGUUCGCUGACAUCAAUAUCAACACUUGACGUUUGUCAACUAGAAUUCUGUGGACCAAAUGUUAUUGACCACAUAUUUUGUGAUUUCAAUCCUCUUGUGGAACUUUCCUGUUCAGAUACAUCCAACGUUCAAAUGGAAAUUACCUUGUUGUGUGUUCCUGUGCUAAUAUUUCCCUUCCUAGUGAUAGUGGUUUCAUAUACUUAUAUUGUUUUAACAAUAUUAAAGAUAUCCUCCUUUUCGGGAAGACUGAAAUCCUUUUCCACUUGUAGCUCCCAUCUCACGGUUGUGUUUAUAUUUUAUGGAACCUUAGCUGCUGCAUAUCUGAUUCCAAAGAAAGGACAAUCACAAAUGAUCAGUAAGAUAAUGUCCUUGUUGUAUACAGUGUUUACUCCCUUUGUAAACCCUUUUAUAUACAGCUUGAGGAAUAAAGAGAUCAAGGAGAAUUUAAAGAUGUUGUAUAUAAACAAAAGGAUUUUUAUUUAAAACCUUUGGUAAAAGUAAAAUUAUUAAGAUAUAUCUGUUUAAACUUGUAUAGAACUUGGUGUGCAUUAGUCUCCAAAUAUUAGACUUCUACGGUACUGAAGCAAUACUUAAUAAAUUGGUAUUAGUUCAAUUGCCCAAAUUGGGCUCCUAAAAAAAAGGUUACCACCCUUCAGACCUUUAUUCCAUGGUACCUCUAAAAACUCCCCUAAUGCUUUGUACACACAACCGUACUUUCCGAGAAAAAAAGUCAGACUUUAAAUGUUGU